UACUGGCGGCGGUGUCACGUGUAAGGGCGCCCGGGAGGACAGGAAGAAGCUGUCCAGCUGUAGUAAUCACGGGUCACUCAGUGGGCGCUGGACAACAUGCUCCCCCUGCUGGCCGCUCUGCUCCUCGUCCCCGCUCACGGGGCUGCAAGAAUCACCUAUGAGCCCACCUGGGAGUCCCUGGAUUCCCGGCCGAUUCCGGACUGGUUCGAUGACGUGAAAUUCGGCAUCUUCAUACACUGGGGGGUAUUCUCCGUGCCCAGCUUCGGCAGCGAGUGGUUCUGGUGGUAUUGGCAAGGAUGUAAGUCAGAGCCUUAUGUCCGUUUUAUGUCAAAGAAUUAUCCACCAGGAUACCGCUAUGAAGACUUUGGACCUCAAUUUACUGCUGAGUUCUAUGACCCAAAGCAAUGGGCAGACGUAUUAAAGGAGUCGGGUGCCAAGUAUGUCGUCCUCACUUCUAAACAUCAUGAAGGUUACACCUUAUGGGGCUCCAAAUUUUCGUGGAAUUGGAACUCCUUGGAUGUGGGAUCAAAGCGUGACCUAGUCGGUGAGCUGGCAGAUGCCAUCCGGAAGUAUACAGAUUUGCGCUUUGGACUUUACCACUCUCUUUUUGAGUGGUUCAACCCUCUUUUUCUGACUGAUAAACAGAAUGCUUUCCAAACACGCUAUUUUCCAAAUGGCAAAUCCUUGCCUGAAUUGUAUGAAAUUGUCGUAAGGUAUAGACCAGAAAUUCUGUGGUCAGAUGGAGAUGGUGAUGCCCCGUAUACCUACUGGAACAGCACUGGCUUCCUGGCUUGGCUCUACAAUGAAAGCCCAGUUAAAGAUAGCGUAGUAACUAAUGACCGGUGGGGAUUUGACUGCAUAUGUAAGCAUGGCGGCUAUUACACAUGUAGUGACCGCUACAAUCCGGGUCACCUGCUAGAUCACAAAUGGGAGAACUGUAUGACUAUUGACAAGCGCUCCUGGGGAUACCGGAGGAAUGCAUUAAUAUCUGAGCUACUGACGAUUGAAGAACUAGUACAGGAGUUAGUUGAAACUGUAUCGUGUGGUGGAAACCUACUGAUGAAUAUUGGUCCCACUCAUGAUGGUCGAAUUCCUGUUGUAUUUGAAGAGCGUUUGAAACAGAUGGGGAAAUGGCUUGAUGUUAAUGGAGAGGCCAUUUAUAGUACAAAACCUUGGAGAGCUCAGAAUGAUUCGGUGACACCAGGAGUUUGGUAUACAUGUAGACCUGAAGAGCAGACUGUGUAUGCUACAUUCCUGAAGUGGCCCUCCAGCUGGAAAAUAACGCUUGGAGACCCCAGAUCUAGUGGGAAGACGAAGGUACAUCUGGUUGGAUAUGAACAAAACCUAAAAUGGUUGCCGUUAGGAGAGAAAGGAAUGAUUGUGUCACUGCCAACAUCCAAUCCUUCACAAAUAGCAGUCCCAUGGGGCUGGGCACUGAAGAUUACUAAUCUGAACGAAGCUGUAUUUAACCCAAGGCACCAGACAAAGUUUGGAUUUCUGUAAAGUGCUGAUAAAGGCUCUGUUGACAACUAGA